AUGCGUCGUUCGGCUUUUUCAACAGGCGUUGUGCCUGCGAUUGCGGCAAUUUUGUCUCCAGCAGCCCUGCAGGCUUCUCGCAGAGGUGGGCUUGUGAUGCACACGCCAAAGUCGGAUAUUGUGUUGGGCCGCUUCAGUUUUAUGGAUCAGUACAACGAGUUUCGUAACCGCUCCGGUAGAGCCCCCGACUACUACGUGGAAAAGUACCGAGACACGUAUUGGCGCGUGGACGAGUACAUACGCCGAGCAGAGCACUACAUCCAAUCACAAGGAUUUUUUUAUCUGCCGACAUUAGAGUUUCCGUGGUACAGGGGCUGCUUGCCACUCUUCUCAUCGUACCAGAUUCGUUUGCAUUAUGGUCGCCAUCAUCGUGGCUAUGUAGAGAAGCUGAAUCAGCUGAUUGAGGGCACGCCGUUGUACGGAUCUAACCUGGAUGAGAUCAUCCUCCGCACACACGAUGAUGUGAUGCUCACUGGCGUUUACAACAAUGCCGCCCAGCACUACAAUCACUGUUUCUUCUGGAAGUGCAUUCAACCCUACGGCAGUAACAUUCCUCCUGACCUGAAGGCAGCUGUUGAAAAACAGUAUGGCUCCGUGGAGGAGUUUGAGAGGAUCUUCACGGAUGCUGCGCUGAAUCUGUUUGGUAGUGGCUGGGUUUAUUGGGUUUACGACACCCGUUUGGGUCAAUUUGAUAUACUUUCACUGUCGAACGCGGGAUGCCCGCUGACGAAUACGCAUGUUGUGCCGCUGCUGUGCGUCGAUGUGUGGGAGCACACGUAUUACGUGGACUAUGAAAAUAACCGCGCCGCAUUUCUUGCCAAGUACUUUAAUGUGGUGGACUGGCACUGGGCAGAGCGCCACUGGAAACGGGCGACAGGGCAGGAGUACUACGAGAUGAAGUUCUGGUAG